AUGGCGGCACAUGUGAAAUGUUUUCAGAAGAUGGUGAAGGAUGCAUAUCACGUCAUUUGUAAAACCUGUGCCCUGAAGCUGGAGCUUUGUGCCAAGUGUGGGAAGAAAGAGGACAUUGUAAUUCCGGUUAACACACAGAAGUAGGGAGAGGAAGAGGAGGAAGACACCAAUCAAAAGAAGACCGGACACACUCAGAGGAAGAAGGACUUCAGUGAGCUUGAUGAUGACUUUGGCGACUUUGGCAGUGAUGAUGAACACUUUGCCAGUGACUCAGGUCCUGAGAAGGCAGGAAGUGGCAAGGCCCCUAUCCCUAACGUGGCACGUGUUAGUUUCAAAGACUAAAGACUGCUAAACCAGGA